AAUAAUACGGAAUUGCAAAAAUUUUUGCUCGACAAUUUUUGAAUUUUUGUGUAAAUUAGUAUGGUAGGUUUGUGUCGGUUAUGUGCCGCUGUGCGUAAAACGGAUAUGCUAAUUCCCAUGAGCGUAGAUGUUUGCCAAAAACUAAGCCAGUGCUUUGCAAUGGAAAUGUGCCAACCUGAGGAUAAAUUGCCAAGACGUGCCUGUGCAAACUGCAUUGAAGCAUUACAAAAUUCCUUCAAUUUUUUCAAGAAAUUACAGGAAUCACAGGAAACGUUGGCGUUAUUAUUCGACGAAUCCAAUAAAGAAUCUAGUGAAAAUAUUGGCGAAAUAUGUUUAAGAAUAAAUACUAAUAAUAAGUUGGAAAAGGAGGGAAAUACGAAGUACGAGACUGCGGUGUUGAGCGCAGAUUUAAAAGAUGUUGCAGUGGGAAACAAUACAAACGGCGAUAGAUUACCAAUAUUACUCCCGACACAAUUCAAUGUGGAUAUUGGGCAAGAGAAUGCGGACUUCGAUGUAGUUGAAGUGUAUCCGGCUAUGGAUACAGAAGCUGAUUUUAAAGCUGAGAGUAUAGUAGAGGAAAGUGAUUGCAAAGGCGGGGAAAGUCCAGAUCAACUUUCCGAAAGUAGUAUGAAAAUUGAAACUUGGUUCCUAGAGGAAGAGGAAGAAGACUUGGAAAAGCAAGGGAACGAUGACGAAAACCAAAUAGAGCAGAACGAAAGUAACACCCUGGAUAAUUUUAAGCCUACGGUAAUUGAAAUUUUACAUACAUCAUACGAAGGCAACGGUAAGGCGCAGCAACUUCCAGCAAAGACCACCGAUGAAAAUCACAUGCUAGAAUGGGGAACUUAUAAUUGGAUUUGCUAUUCUUGUCCAGAGAUCUGUGAUACAUUUUCUGCAUUGCUGUUGCAUUGCAAGGAGAAACACGACGUCGUUGACGCCAAUAAUAUGCAAUUUAAAUGUGCUGAUUGUCAGAAAAUAUGCGCCCAUUAUAAUAAGUUCGUUAACCAUGUACGUUUCCGACAUCAUCCAGAAUUAAUUUUAAGAUGCGACGCAUGCGAUGUUCAGAAAGAUAAUUGCACAGAAUUGGCGGUGCAUAGAGCUAUGUCUUGUAUGGCAGCGCAGUCAUAUCCUUCAAUAAAUUUAUGCAGCAUAUGUGGAAAGAGUUUCCUCAGUCUGAAUGCAACUUUGGUACAUGCGCGUCAUCAACACAGCGAUGGGAUUGGCGAUGAAAUCAAAUGGUAUCAGUGUGCUCAAUGUGAGAAGAAGUUCAAACGGAUUACUAAUCUGCGGGCGCAUGAAAAUAUUCAUUUGG